AUGUCUCGUCUUCGUGAUCCAGAGUCUUCAAGGCAAACAUUGAUGGGAUGGUCAUAUAAUGAGAAGAAUAGACGACAUAUGGAUACUAAGAACUUUGGAAGGGAUUCCACGAGAAGCAACGCCCUUGAGGGAGGCCACACAUUAGACGGCCGACGUGUUCGUUACAUGGAUGGACCAGCUGAGUUCUCAGCUGGUAGCGAGUAA